AGAAUUCUAGACAGUGUCAUAAACUGGUGCAAAUGACGUUAGUGGCAUCGUUAGUACAGGAGCAACCAAACAUAUGCACCCACACAUAUACAUUAAUCGAACGACUGCCGAAGGUGCGAAAGAGAUAUAGAAAACCGAGCAAAACGGCGAUCGAAUGGAUUUGUUAUAAAGUAAGACAAUUAAGUAAAAUAAUUUCCUAAUAACAAAACAGCACAUACAUGCGCCGGCACAUUCUCUUAAGCAUACUAUCUAAUUACUAAGUAUAAAGCAUAAUGAGUAAGAAAACGAAACUCGAGCAGCAGAUAACCGUAGAUAAAAGCACUAUUACUAAAUAGGCAAGGAGAAAACGAAACAAAACAAACGUCUAAACGGUGCGAAAAGGGCAAACUGUACUACUGUAGCACAUUCUACUCCAAGCAGGAGUUUAUUCGCGAAGGAAAUAAAAAACAAAAACCACAAUAGACAUGUACGAAAACAUGAAGAAAGGAUAACAAGUGGCAGUAAAAGAGAGAAAGAGAGAAGAAAAAAACAAGGUAUCGCCAUGAAGAUGUUUGUUACAUAUUAGGGUAAUAAAUUUUUUUAACGAAAUAUUAUAUUCCAGAAUGAACAGCGUGAGUUCUUAUUAGCAGUUAGCACGAAGACGUAACACAUAAGAGAGGAAACAAACAAAAAAAACGAAAUUCGUACACAGCCAACAAAUUUGAACGUACACAAAACAGCAACAAGAUUUAGCAAAAUGAGCAACAACAACAAAAAAACAAACAUAAACUGUUAGUGUUGCUAACUUUGUCUAGUAAGUAAUGGCGAAAAACAACAAAAAAGCAACAAAACAACAACAAAAUAUAGAAGAAAAAAUGCGAUCAUGGAGCGUACAUCGUUUAGCGUAAAUUUUGCAAAUUUCUUAAGGGAAGUAAAUUGAAACUUAAAGGCGUACUUAUUGUCUGUUGUAUAGCAUGGAUAAAUAGAAGUUGUUGAGCGCAAGAAGUAAACAAAAUGGUAAAUAAAAAAAAAGGUAAACGCAUGAAAACAGACUAAUAUAAAAUAAGAACAACCAAUCUAGAUAAAUGAAGCAGAUAGCAAAGGUGUAUAAGAAACCAACGCAAGUAAGAUAAAUAUAAGUAUUGAGUAAAGGGUGUAAUGAGUGAAACUAAUGGAGAUACUUUGCGACUACUCAGCACAGUUCACAAUACGUCACAACAGGUUAAUAGUAUCGAAAGAGCAAACAAAUAUGGAAAACAAACCACAAAACAUAGUAAACUAUGCACGCACUCACCGACUCUCUAACACACACAUACACACACACAUUCGCACACGCGGUUUAAAAAAGUGUUGGAUUAUAUGGAAGACUAGCGAGCGAGAGAGAGAGAGAGAGAGAGAGAGAGAAAGAGAGAGAGAGAGGGAGAGAGAGAAUGACAUAAAGAAAGAAAGGUCAGAACGAUAAUGAUACUAGCAUGCAAAUAUAACCAAAACACGAAGAAAAGUCGUACUUUAGAAUAGAGAAGAAAUUAAAUUUGAUAAUUGACACACAUUUAGCUAAUUAAUAAAAUUGGUAGCUCCUAGACGAUAAAUAGAUGGAAGAGGAUUUAUAGGCAACAUUAGUAAUAAAUUAAAUUAAUAGCAAAAAGUGAAAGGAAACGACAAACGAGAACAAGCAUAUGUUUGUGUAAAUUGCUGUGUGUGCGUACGUGUGUGUGUGAGAUAAAAGAGAGAAAGAGAAAGAGAGAGAUAGAGCAAACGAGUGAGAGAAAAAUUGAACGUUGAUGUGUGUGUGUUACAUAAUUUCGACAGGAUCCCAUACAGGGAGAAAGUUCUAAUUAUCAUAGAAACAGACAUUAUUAUUCGAAAUUUGAUUGAAGUCAUAUAAUUGCGAAACAAAACAAAACCAAUAUAAACGUUUACGGCACACCCACAAACCGACGAGAUACAGCAACGUACACGUGCUAGCUGUACGUUUCCUACGCGAAAUACUAAGAGUAGGGCUAUCGGUUGACAAGAUCAUAUCUUCUUCUGUUCAGCGUGUCGAAAGUGUUUAGCGAAUUAGGGCUUCAUUCGUGAAAUCGGAUUAGUGUUGUUUUGACAAUUAUCUGCAAGCUAUCACCCAUCCGCAUACGGUCACCAACAAUUUCAACUGCUUCUACACAUUCCUUUGCAAUGUUUCUUACAACAAAAAAAUACUCACACACACUGACAGUGAGCUAGAUUGUUUCAGCUACGGGCAAACAUGUUUACGUUUAAUGCUUUUACGACACCGACUGACAUUUGUAUGACAGCCGAUCGUUGCGGUCAACGGCGAACGUUUGAAGCGCUAGAGGACAGUAUAACACUACCUGCAAUGCAUGCUGUUUCGAUUGAAAGCUAAUUUUUCACUUAGGCGUUUAAGAUGCCGAUACUACAGCACUACAAACCCUACCUUAUAAACGAGGCUCCAAAUAUGCACGCCGACUAAACAAUGCAAAUACCACUCUUGUCUCUGUUUCAAGUACCUGAGCGGAACCGGCGUAUCGGCUCUCAACACCUUGGCUACUCCCGAUCGUCCCCAAGUAUGGAUCCACUUAAAAGGGCAAACGGGAAAGGAGAUGAAGGCGUUGCGAAGAGUGAGAUAGCACCUGAGCAGGGCUUUAAAGAAUGCAAGAUAGAAUGGAAUGGAUGGCAAAGAAGAAAAAAACAACAUACCGGAACGAACCAAUAGAAACAUAAUGCACAAAACGAAAUGGUUAGCAAAAACAAACAAGUGAGAGAAAUGUUCCAUUCAAAAUUGAUUGACAAAAUGGAAGGUUAUGGAAGGAACUAAGAGAGCACAAAAAAAGACUAUUGAAAAGGUGAGAUUGCAAAAAAAGCGGGCAAAGCGAAGAAAUAACGCAGUGGGAAAGAAACAAUGAACCUAAUAAUGAGACACAAUAUCUCAAAGACCUCGCUCUCUAUCUCCCUACCGGUUCCCUACCGUUUGUUGUAUUUUCUUCUUUAUUUGUCAUGUUUUUCGCAUGUAUGUCUCUUUUCACUAUUUUCUCUUGCACUUCGUCAAGAGCGCUUUUCGUUUCCGUUAUUUGUUUGUCUCUUGCCUUGCUAUUCUAGGUUAAUCUGGUUCAUUUUUCAUUUCUUAUUAUAUUUAUUCAUCCUAACGAUGGUUUCGGACUUGAUUCCAAUGUAAUAUAAAUCGAUUCACUAUAACAAGCUAAAUUGUACUUCAUUUGUAGCACUUUGAAACAAGCAUAUUACAUUACUUUAACAGAGAAACAGCAAAUACAAAGAACAGACAGAAAUAGGAAGAAAAGUAUGAAAAAUAAGAGUAACCACAAGCAAAAGUACAUUUAUACAUUUCAACACAUGGAAAACAUUGGAAUCCAAAAUCCUCUCCCGCGUACAAAAGAGCAGCAAAAAUAUAGCAAAUCGUUUCGUGUAAACGUCAAUUUUGUAUACAAAUAUCAACAUAACAUAUAUACACACACACACAAACAUUUAAACAAAACACGGAAACUAAAAAAAGUUUUUCCACUCUGGUUCACGUUAAAGAUGUCAAUAAAUCGGCUCACUACUAUACACACAUACAGACAAACACACAAAACCAACUAUGCCAUAGCAGUAGACGCGUGAAACGAAGCAUUACACUUACAACAAAGCUCUCGCUGGUGUGCUACAUGUACAUAGUACAUAGUACACAUACGUCAUCUACUAACGUUUCACAUUCUCGUCACCUUCCUGGUGUAACGUUUAACUGUCUUGUUUUUGUGCACACUAGCAUCCCUUUAUCGAUUAGCCGUGUGUAUGAACGUGUCAAAAUGUAUAACUAUUUUACGUACCGCUACACUUAACCGUCACGUUUAAGUGCUGUUCUUGAAGAAUUGAAUUGAAGUUGAAACGUUGUACCGCGCCUACCGAUAGAUGCUUGGCAGAUGAUUUGCGUACGAAAUCGUUUGAACAACAUCCGCUGUAAUCUUGUAUACACAUAUGAAAGUAAAACUUUGAGACAGAUACGUACUGCGUACGAUACCGCUGUCUUUAAUCGCUAAUAUGUCAAAUGUCAAAGUGCCAGCCAUCUUUACACGCAUAGGCUGUGUGUUGCCUCAGCUGUAUUGACUGUUUGUUUUCGUGCGCAAAACGAACCACGUGAACCAAAGAAGCAAAUGUUGAAAACAAAAAAAAACUAUUGCAAGAAAUGCGCCAGCUCGUUCUGAAGCGAAUGCUAAAAUAACAAACAAAGAAGCAAAAGCAAAACGGCAAAACCCAACAAAGAUAGUUUAAUUACGAAUAUAACAAAAACAAAACAAACGCUUCAAUAGAGUAACAAGCUACGCAGAAGAAGAUGCAGAUAAGCGAACAAAACAAUAAACUUAAACACAAUACACGGUAAUGGAAUAUAUCAAUUGAAGCGAAGCUCCUCCCCUAAACAUUUCCUUCCCCUUUUCCUGAAUUGAAGGUUAAGCGAACAAGAAAGGUUACAUAAAUGGCCGGCAAAUGCAAAUGUUGUAAAUGACAGCAGAAGCGUCAACGUCAAAAUGAGCACGUUAGUGAACAGGCAAACUAACGCACACGACCAUGCAUCAGUAAUGAAUGAAUGAUCACAGAUAAUGAAUUCGUAUAUAAUAAAUCAAAAUAGCAUAAUUCAUCCAGUCAUUAUAUAGAAUGCGUAAAUAUAGAGCAAAUGAGUGAAGAAACAGAUGACAUCAAACACACAUACACACAUAAACACACAUACAGACGCAAGAAUAAGAAGAAAAAUUGUCGUAAACGUUAUUCUAAAUUAAUUGUACAUAUUUGUCACUAGCGUCACUAGUUAACUAGGAUUUAAGAAAAAAUAUAGUGCUGCUAUGAAGCAACUUGCGUUAAAUGGGACAGAAGCUAGCGAGACAAAACUAAACAGAAACAAAACUAACAAACAAACAAGAAAAAACUAAAAAAAAAAAAUACAAAUGAUAACACCGAAUUAGGCGUUUCAUAAUGGUAGUAGGACAAGUUGGACGGAUAGAGUAUUAUGCAUGAAAAUAAUUAACACAUUCACACACCUAAAUUUAGAUGAGAAUAUACCCAUUCCUCCCUCCUGAUACACAACCACGCAUCGACACAUUUAUUCAUAUGGACAGUAAGAAAAAAAAACACGCAGCGAAAAACUACAUGAGAAAAAGGACGGAUGUUGGGUUGUUAAGAUAAGGAAACCGAAUUAAACCCUUUUACCACAUUAACAAUUUGUUACUUAUACUGCUGUACGUGUACGUGUUGUGUUUUGAACGUUGUAGAAAUAGUAUCAAUUGUUUCGAAACAUGUUUGUUUGUUGUUUUUUUUUUUUUGGGUAGGCAACAACGCUUUGCACGACAUUAUUCUGUUUAAUUAUGUCUGUGGUGCGAGCGCACCUAGAUUAUACAAAUUAACGAAUAAAAAAAACCUUUUACCCCUUGAUUACAUCAGAUCAAUGACAGUGAUCUAAACCGGAUGUCCUUACAGAAUUCUUUGUAACAAUGAUUGCAUACCUUUAGGAGUUGCAAAUCACAAACACCAUCUGGCAGAAUGUCCAGUGGUGUCAUUUGUGCUUGAUUUUCUUUUUCUCACCACAAUCGUGCUACAUAUAAGUUAAUAAAUUACGUGAAAAAAUGCAUACAACUGAUUUACAAUAAUAUAUAACAGUGAACGUUUUGUUAAACUACUGUAAAAUCAAUCAUUUACAAGCGUUGAAACUCAAUCGCUACCAAUGCGAUCGUACCCAUUGGAUAAACGAUCUCGAUGAAACACACACACACCUACAGUCCGUACCAUUAAACCUACCAUGACGGACAGACAGAACAAUCGAACAUACAUUGUUACGGGAAUGCGGAACUGUACACAGGAAUAAAAAUAAAUUAAACCAACAACUACAACAACAAAACACACACACGCAUUAGCAUAGAUUGCAAAAAGGAUUGACGGGACUAAACUAUCUAAACUUCACAAAUUCAUAGUUACUGUGCUGCUGUAACCCAUGUUGUCUACAAGCCAACUACACACAUACAAACACAUCAGAGGAUACGAGUUACUAUUACCUUCUCUGAAAUUCACCAAAGUGCGAACAUUUGUUGUCGCUUUGACUACGAACAACGCACACACAGGGUACAGUGUGCAGUCAGCAAACUGCAACACACUCGUACAGGGUGUGUGAGAAACAGUAUUCGCCAUUUGGCGUUUGUGUCACUGUCAUUAAAAGCGAGACUGUUAGUAGACUCACACGCACACACAUACAAACAUAUGUACAACUCUCCAUGUACUUAGCAUGGAUGUAAUAGUAUUCCGUAGUAAAUUCCAGUGCGUUUCAGAUGACAGUACAGAUACACAUCAGAGAUGACAGAGCGUUUUCUUUUACGGAAGGCGAGUUUAAGAGACCUUUCAACGAUGGGAUAAGACUAUGAUCGAGAGCGAUUGUUGUUGUAGCACUAGAAAAUAAUAUACACAACAACAACAACAACAGUUACAAUAAACACACACUCAAUAGAAGCAAGUUUCAAGUAAAUCAUGGCAGAAUGAAAUUCGAAGGAAACAUAAACAGUGUAGAUUAACAAAAUGACAUCGCGAGAAAAACAAAUUGGCAACAUAAAAAAAUGGCGAACAUUUCGUUUUAUACAUUUACGUUCCACUACUAAACAAAUUUUAUCUCGAAUAACACAGAGCAAGCGUAAAACCAAUAAAGCAUAAAAUUGUAAGAAAAAGAAAAAAAACACAAGAAGAAAAACUAACUCUCAACUCAACAUUAGCCGGAAGAAGCUGUCAUGAACCAUACAGGAAUUACAAACACAUUCUAACGCAUAUGUGCACGAUAGGGUUGAUAAAAGGGAUGAGGUGACUGGUCAGUUAGCCAAGGACUAACCUCUCAUCGAAUGGUAAAAAAAUGUAUUAAAAUCACAUACAUUAUGCAACGGUUAUGUAAAUAUAGUAUGCAAAUGCGUCAGUGAAGCUGUUGAAUGAAAGAGAACAGCACAACAACAAAAUUACUUGCCAGGAAUGAUGCAACACUCGAGAAAAUAGAACAAAGUCAACAAUAAAGUAGCACAGAACUACAACAAUAAGAAGCAAACUUGUGUGUGCAUAACCUGCUAAAUGAAAGGAAAAACCAAAUAAACACACACACAGACAUGGUAGGUUCUUAAACCUUCAUCAGUCCACACACUGGAAUGCACAUUAAAACACACACUUACACCCACACACACACAACACGAAAAACCAAAUACACAAGUGAAAUGGUUUAGAAAAUUUACUUCAGUUAAGCAAAUGGUCACGUUAGCAUCGCAGUAAAACAUAAAUGAAACCCCGUAGAAAAGGAGACUUAAACGCCGGUAAACGUCAAGAAUGCACUAGCUUUUGAACAGUGAAUAUGGUAAAACUAUAGCUCAAAGUUCCAAAACAAACAAAAGAAACACAAUGACAAACGUGUUAAAAAUAAACAAAUCGACUUAUGUACAGGCGGCGCCCGCGCCGGAAAAUGAUUAGAACGCAGUAGGAAAGGAAGAAAAAGAAAUUUAAAAAAAAAACAUACACACUCACACACAUCGCUAGCACACUUACUGACUGACUAAAAGGAAAUGAAUUACCGAAUCUACUCCGUUAGAUUUCGCGUAUCAUGCACAAAUUUGUAAAACUAAAAAUAAAAUGUCACACACACACACAAAACCGCCAAAACGUGUUUUAUGUUUAUCAUAUCGUCGUAAGGGAAAAAUAAAACGAAGGUUAAAAAAACAACCACUUUACAAAUUUCACAUCAAAAUAAACUUCCAAGCAACCCUUUCCUUGUCCUUCUCUCACACACACACAUUGAAAAAGAAUUCAAAAGGACAAAAAAACAGGAAAGGAAACCCGUUGUUCGUUCAUACCAAGCUUGAUAAAAUUAAAGCAAAUAAGAUGAGAGCAGGAAAGAAAACGAAAGCCGACACGAAGCAUGUUAAUAUGCGAGAAAGGAAAAGCAACACUGGAAUAAAAUAAAAACCACAUCUUACAUGAUACUGCCGUUUUUUGGACAAACAAAUAAAAAAAAACAACAAACACACACCUAUAUAUAUACAGCCACGUAAAGAAGAAAAUGUGUAAGGAAACGGUCACAUUUGUUACAUUAUUCCACUAUGUGUCAUAUUAUCUCCAAUAAUAAGUUUUACUCAGUGAUUUCAACAGCAAACAGAAAACGUGGUUUUAAAAAAACAAACUGUAAACCAAAGCACAUGAUUACGAAAAAAAAAACAAAGGAAAACUGUACAACACAAGACAUGCUCACACGCACACACUUACAGAAUGAACAAACUGCAAAGCCGCAUUAAUGAGGUAGUAAAAGUGGAAAAGUGGAAAAGAAAACAAUAUCUCAUAAAUAAUCGGAUGAAUGAAAAGAUAAGUACACCCUAAACCUGCUGUAGUAGGAGAAAUUUACAAUUAGUAAAAACAGCAAGAUACGUACGCACACACCAACACAAUUCGAAACACACAUAAGGAGCCGUUUCGCGUACGAAAGAAAAAAAAUAAAGAAAAAAAACGAAAAACAAAUAUGAAACAAUAGGAAGAAAAAAAAUCCGUACACAAUGUAUACAUAUACUCUUUUACACGGACAUACAUUCACUGCGAAGAAAACAUAUACACAAAAACCAUCUACAUUACAGCAAAGAGAAGAAGAAAACGAAAGCAAAACAGCAAACAUGGAUGGUUUUGCGGUAGCGUGCGUGCAGCAAUGGGAAGAAGCUGCAGCUAACACUCGUAAUACAUAUAGGACAACAAGAAACACACACAGUCAUACACAAAAACGCAUGCACAAAAUGGCAGAAGAAAAUGUAGCAAACGAGCAAGUGAGGGGGAAAGAUAGUGCAAUGUGUCAUCAGGGCACAGGACAAAGUGAACUUUGUGUUAAUUUUUAUAAUUGAAAAAUAAAAUUACAGUUAUUGAAGAAAAAUUGUAACAAAAAAAACCA